UAACCCACAUCAAUCAAGCCCAAUUGCAUUUAAGUAACAGUCUUACGUGCAUCGAUCAUUAAUAUUCAUAAAUGACGUUUUAUAAUACGUGCAUCUCAAAUCCGGCCAGUGCCCUGGAGAUUGCGGUGACGCAACGACCCGUUGAAGACCAUCGGCCGAGAACUUGAACUCGUUGCCACCGCCGGCGCCGUGGCGUAUCAUCUACCGUUAUAUGCCUAUAAAACUCUAUGGCCCUUCACAUGAUAUACUACAAGUAUUGUGCGCUUCAAAAUGAUUCGACUAUUUCUAACAAUAAGUGUGAUUGCAAAAGUUCAAUGCAAUAUGCCGAUCAUAUACGCGGCUCCAAGUGCAGUGUCUCACCAAUCGAGAAUUGAUAUCAAACACACGCCUGCCAUUAUUUCCGCACCAUUGGUUUACAGUCCAGCUACUACGAUAUACGCAAGUCACCCGGAGGCAGAAAAUAACAAAAAAGUGCUCGCCUUUGCUCCUACAUUGACAUCAAAUACAGUUCUUACUCCAAUCGCUUUAACAAUAUUUCAUAAUCUUCCAUUAGCGCGAGCUCUAGAACAUCCAAUUUCUAUUGAUAAAUUGCAAGAAGCUUAUGAACAAAAGGAACAGUUCAAAUCGAGGAAUAAAGAAAAUGGUAUAAUAAAAGAAAAUUACAUUGAAGAAAAUCGGGAACACAAUUUAGGCCACCAACAGCUAGUUUUUGAAACAUCAACAGCAACUUACAAAAAGUUUGAAAAUAUCGCAAAUGAUGAAUUUACAUCUGAACUACAUAAAGAAGAAUAAAAUUGUCGCAGUGAUUUAUAUCUUUCGUUUAAAUAUAGUGAAACUAGAUCAUUACGCUAUUUAAAUUUAGCUUUUUUCGAAAAUGUAAAAUGAAAGAUUAUUAAGUAACUAUGUACGAAAGAACGUCUAUAGUUUAUAGUUAAACAUCUCUAUUGUAAUUGUCAUAAAGUUUUUUUGUAAAAAAGCUGGCAAUAAAUUAGUGUAUGUUCUUUUGUUAUGAUAAGGUAGGUAAGUUAUUUUGCAGAUCUCACUAAUUUAUAAAUUCAUUUGUCAUUUUUUCAAUAGUUAUUAUGUGCCUAUUAAUUGUAAGUGUUUUGUAAAAUUAAUAAAGUAAUAAAUAUA